AUGUCAGUAUCAAAACUGCCAAAGCUCCCGUCGAUCCGGGAGCUCAUCAAGAUAUACAACUUGAAGGCCAAGCAACAGCUCAGUCAAAACUUCAUUAUGGACAAAAACAUCACAGACAAGAUAAUAUCGCUAUCAGGACUCGAGCUACAAAACGCACUCUGCGUGGAAGUAGGGCCGGGGCCAGGACUGCUGACGCGUUCGAUUCUCGACAGUGGCGCGCAAAACGUAGUUGCGGUGGAAAAAGACCCGCGGUUUAUCCCCACUCUGGAGCAACUACGAGAGGCCUCCGACGGCCGAUUCCAGGCACUCCUAGGGGAUAUGCUCACGGUCAACCACGCGGAUAUCAUCCAAAGCGGACUAAACCUCGGGUCGAACAUUGAUGGGGAGAUAAAGACCUUUGAGUUCGUGCACCUGGUGGGAAAUCUGCCCUUCGGCGUGGCAACGCCAUUGCUGAUCCAAUGGCUGCACAUGCUAUCGCUGAAGCAAGGCAUUUUCAACUCCCCCAAUGUGUCCAUGUCACUGAUGUUCCAGAAGGAAGUUGGUGAUCGCAUAACUGCCGGUGCCUCGGACUCGGCCCGGGGCAGAUUAUCCGUUGUGGCGCAGUCUGUCUGCGACGCCUUCAAGAUCUACAAUGUCCCGGCAUCUGGCUUUGUGCCUCGGCCCAAGGUUGAUGCCACGGUGGUUCAGCUGCGCCCAUUGGAAAAGCCUUUGCUGAAGUCAUCUUUGGGUAGCUUGGAGCAUGUUGUGCGGUUUUCGUUUAUGAAGAGGCGGAAGAUGCUGGCUAGGAUAUUUAAGGAUUGGGACCCGGAGCGGAUUGCUUUGCUGGAGGAGUGCGAGAUCGACCCGACGCUGCGCCCUCAGGACGUGUCAACGGAAAAGUUUUGCGAAUUGGCACAUAUUAUCGAGAAGCGCGGAAUAAAACUCCCGUACUAG